AUGAUAGAAAUAGGAUUAACUAGGUUUUUUAAGUUCAUAAGUAUUAUAAUUUUAAUAAAGCUAAGUUUUAAACAUAUUUUUGCUCAAAGUACAGCUAAUUAUAGACAUGACUUUGGAUCAUCCACUAAUCAAGGCGAAUUUUAUGGUCCUAGGAAAAAUAAGGAUAAUUAUAAACCUUUACCAUGGCCUGAUAAAUUUCCAAGGUUAGAUUUGAAUAUUACAGAUAUUUUAGAACUUCAUAAAAUGACGAAUAAACCACCAGAAAUGGAACCUAUAUUAACCUCUGGAUCAGGGUCUGGAAAGGCUCCUAGAGUCAUGCAAAAUCUCCGACCAAUUGAAAUUAGAUGUCCAAAAGGGUGGUAUCCAUGGGGACCACUUUGUAUAACUGAAGUAUCUUUAGGUCCACGUACUGAGUGUUUUGGAGAUUACAGUAGAAUACUUAGUACAUUACCUGGUGGGGAAUCAAAGCAAUUUUCAUCAUAUCCAGGGUUGUGCCAGACUUAUAAAACAAUUGGUCCUUCUAUGUCGUGUCCAACUGGUAUGAAACUCCGAUUAAGAUAUGAAACCGAAACUAAUAGUAACACUGGAGAAAUUACGCCAUCAGUUCUAUCAUGGGCUUGUGAAGGAUAUAGUGUAAUUCCUUAUGAGCCAUAUAAUAGAGGUUUUUGCCCCUCUGGAUAUAAUCCCUCAUUUGAAGGAUGUAAAGCUUUUCAAAUUAUUCCUCCAACUACUAGCUGUCCCUCAGAUACUGAAGUGACAAUUAAUGAAAAUUUAUUUGCUUUUCAUGGAAAAAUUGAGCUUGAAUGUAAUAUAGUAACUUUCACCAAAGGAAAUAUUUGGUGUCCAAAAGGUUUCAAUUUAAUUUCGCCACCUGAAGUACUGGACAAAUACGAAUUUGGAGAAAUAAUUCCUAAAGAGUUAGCUAGAGAAUUAUUGUUUGGUAAAGAUCCAGAUAAUAAAGACAAUCAAGAUGUUGAAUUUUUAUUCUUAAAUGAAUAUUUAGGAACAAAAGGUAAUUCAGCAAAUAAUACAAGUUUAUCCGACUCUGACUUCAAAGAUGUAAUUCUUGAUAGUGGAGAAUCUUCAGGUGAUAAACAACUUCAUAUAGAGACGUUUGAUGAGGGAACUAAAUUUACAAACAAAGUGAUUCAAUCAUAUAUUGGAACUUACAAUACCACAUAUUUAUUUAGUAAUUCUUCUAAUAAUAUUAGUGAAGAGGAAUUUAUUGAAAAUAUUUCAUUAUCACUUGGUAAUAACCCAUCAUUGAAAAUUCCUAAUAGUAAUGUAACUUAUAAUACAACGAAUUUCACAGAUUCAGAAGUCAAUAGAUCUAAAUCCUGGAUAUUUAAUGCAUCUAAUGAAAUUCCCAGAAAUCAUUCUCCAAUAAAUAUACGUCAUUUACAAAGUGUUGGAGGGUAUUUCGGCCUUCAACAAGAAUUUCAGAAUGGUGGUGGAGGUGUUGGAUCAAUUGGUGCACCCUCUGGUAUAGUUUCAGAAAUUAUAGAAGAAGCCGAAAUGUCAUAUGAUGAAUAUGUAACUGAAUCAAUAAAUCAAAAUCAAAUACCUCUAUUUAGAGCAAUUAAUAAAGCUCAAAGUAGUGAGAAUUUCUUAAGAGACCCUGUUUGUUCAGUUAUAGUGGCUGUACAUGCUAAAAAUUGCACACCAUUAGAAUGUAAAAAUAGUUAUAUCAAGCAUUUAAAUAAUAUAUUAAGAAAUUGGGCUGCUAUAGUUUUACAGUCUGAUCCAGAUUUAGGGUCUAAUCUAAUUCCUAAUGGUAAGGAUAUUCCUUUCACUUCUGCAGGAUAG